AUGAGUGUGGAUGAGCAUGGAUGGGCGCGUAGACAAUAUCGCCGUACCAUGCACGCCAAACUCGCGGCCAAACGCCGUGGACAUUGUUGUGAACUUUGCGAGGUGGAGGAGCGCGUAUUCGAGUACGUUGGAGCAGAUCAUGGAGGCCCUUUUCCAACAAAGAUUACACCUUACAAGCCGCUCUCAGAAGAACAAUGGAAAAAUACUUGUCAAGAUACGAUAUUGCAACCAAAACCCUCAAGAUCGCGAAUCCCACUUUUGAGGAUUUGA